UCCGAAAACACAGAUGACAAAUUACGGCUGACCGAGUCUGGAAGCUGCGCGCGAAAGGAGUCCGAGAAAUCGCAUUAAAUAACAGUUCGUCAGACCGCGCCGAUGCGUGCGGUUUUAUGUUCGUCCGCCAGCGAAUACAAACGAAAAUCAUUUGUUAAAUCCAAAGCCAGCAGCAAGCUCCAUGCGUUUUUACAUUUUUUAGAUUCGUGACUUUAAAAAGCUGCCGGAAUGGAUCCGUUGUUAUACCUGGGCGGGCUAGUUGUCUUGUUUUUGGUGUGGAUUAAGGUGAAGGGCUUGGAGUACGUGAUAGUACACCAGAGAUGGGUCUUCGUUUGCCUUUUUCUGCUCCCUUUAUCCGUCGUCUUUGAUGUGUACUAUUACCUGCGCGCGUGGAUCAUCUUCAAGAUGUGCUCAGCGCCCAAGCAGCACGACCAGAGAGUCAGAGAUAUCCAGAGACAGGUGCGAGAAUGGAAAAAAGAGGGAGGGAAGAAACACAUGUGCACAGGUCGUCCGGGAUGGCUGACUGUAUCUCUCAGGGUCGGAAAAUACAAGAAGACGCACAAGAACAUCAUGAUUAACAUGAUGGACAUUCUGGAGGUGGACACAAAACGGCAGGUGGUGCGUGUGGAGCCCUUAGCUAACAUGGGUCAGGUGACCGCUCUGCUCAACUCUAUUGGCUGGACGCUGCCUGUGUUGCCUGAACUUGAUGACCUCACAGUUGGUGGGCUGGUAAUGGGAACAGGCAUCGAGUCUUCGUCUCACAUCUACGGCCUGUUUCAGCACAUUUGCGUGUCUUUUGAGCUGGUGUUGGCUGAUGGCAGUCUGGUCCGCUGCACCGAGAAAGAAAACUCUGACCUCUUCUACGCCGUUCCCUGGUCCUGCGGUACUUUGGGCUUCCUGGUCGCGGCAGAGAUCCGGAUAAUCCCAGCUCGCAAAUGGGUGAAGCUUCGCUACGAACCUGUACGCGGCCUGGAUGCUAUCUGCAAGAAGUUUGCGGAGGAAUCGGCCAAUAAGGAGAACCAGUUUGUGGAGGGACUGCAGUACUCUCGGGACGAGGCUGUGAUCAUGACGGGCACCAUGACGGAUCAUGCAGAGCCCGAAAAGUAUAACUGUAUAGGGUACUAUUACAAGCCGUGGUUCUUUCGGCAUGUGGAGGGUUUCCUGAAGCAGAAGCGAGCUGCAGUGGAGUACAUUCCUCUCCGGCACUAUUAUCACAGACACACCCGCAGCAUCUUCUGGGAAUUACAAGACAUCAUUCCUUUUGGGAAUAACCCGUUGUUCAGGUAUGUGUUUGGCUGGAUGGUUCCUCCUAAGAUCUCUUUACUGAAGCUCACUCAGGGAGAGACUAUCCGCAAGCUGUACGAACAGCACCACGUGGUGCAGGACAUGCUGGUCCCUAUGAAGCACAUCAAGACCGCCAUCCUACGCUUCCACGAGGACAUACACGUGUAUCCUCUGUGGCUUUGUCCCUUCGUGUUGCCCAACCAGCCAGGAAUGGUGCAUCCUAAAGGAGAUGAAGAUGAACUGUAUGUUGAUAUCGGAGCAUACGGGGAGCCCAAGGUCAAACACUUUGAGGCCAGGUCCUCCACACGGCAGCUGGAGAAGUUUGUCAGAGAUGUUCAUGGAUUCCAGAUGCUGUAUGCUGAUGUAUACAUGGAGCGACAGGAAUUCUGGGAAAUGUUCGAUGGCACAUUGUAUCAUAAACUCAGAAAGCAGCUCAACUGUGAAGAUGCAUUUCCUGAAGUCUAUGACAAAAUCUGCAAGACCGCAAGACACUGAAUCCAUCCAAACCGCGGACUAGAAGAACAGCUCAAAAACUCUACUUCCAUUUAAUUGAAGUAAAUUAAUUUAUUGGGAAAAUACUCUUAUUUCACGAAAAAGCACCAGCUAAAUAUAAACCUCCCUCUAGCGUUAAAGACAAAAAAAGUUAAGGCCCUUAUUAUUUCUGAGGUUUAACACGUGCUUAGAUUCAUUAAACCAAUAUAUACUCCUUUACAGUCAAUUUGUGUAGAUUCAAAUAUGAAUAAAAGCACAAUGAUCUGUUAAGCAUUAUAUAUAUAUAUAUAUAUAUAUAUAUAUAUAUAUAUAUAUAUAUAUAUAUAUAUAUAUAUAAGAAUUACCACUUUAUUUUAAAUAGAAAAAGUAAUAAUAUUUGAGAAGAUAUUCUCUAUUUUGCUACAUUGUGAUCGUUGUCUACCUCAAGCACUAAAUGUCUUAAUAUCCAACAUAGUGAUUUAUUUUUGAGGUGUAUUCAAAGAGAUAUUUUAUCUAAUAAAAUCAUUCGAGCACUUCUAAGCAUUGCACAAUUUGUGAAUGUAUUUAGUAUUUGUUUUAGACCGGUUUAGAUCAGUACAGUUUAGGUUAUUUUAGGUCUGUGAACAAAACAAUAACAACAUUGUAUUUAUGGCCUUCUAAAUGUGUUUUUGCCCUUUUUUACUGUGUUCACAAUAUAUUUCUGUAUUUGUAUUUCCGCUGUACUGAAAGUGUAUGGACGUCACAUAAUUAGUCUCAACAUACCCAUUAAAAUGAAUAAUUGAACUCC